ACCCCAAAUAAAUAAAUAAAUAAAUAAAUAACAAAUCAAUGAAGCUUCUACAUAACUUGAAAGAGUGACAUGCAUUACUCCACACAUACUUGUAAGAAACAUUGAGCUUCUAAGCUUCUAAAGUAGCACUUUUCAGGCAAAGUAAAUAUAAACCAAGAACACAUUAUGCCUCAUUCCACAUUUCCCAUUAUUGAUCUCACCAAAUUACAGAAGUACUCAAAUUCUUGGGUACCAAUGUGCAAUGACGUUCGGCAUGCACUUGAACAACAUGGUUAUUUUAUAGCACUCUAUGACGAUAAUAAUAGGAUUUCGAAGGAAAUAUUUGAUGUAAUGGAAGAGUUAUUUGAUCUCCCCAUUGAAACAAAGAAAAAUAACACUUCUGACUUUUAUUUCUAUCAAUGGGUUGGUCAAAGGGAGCAAGCUCCUCUUCAUGAAAGUUUUGGGAUCGCACAUCCAAAUCAUGUUGAAGAACUACAAAGCUUCACUACACUCAUGUGGCCACAAGGCAACCACAAAUUUCAUGAAACAGUGACAUCGUACGUCAAGGUAGCAGCAGAAGUAGAACAGUUGGUGGAUAAAAUGGUCUUUGAAAGCUACGGAGUAGCAGAAAGGCACUAUGAAUCUCAUGUAGCAGCCACUACAUACCUCCUCCGCCCUAUUAAAUACACAGCGCCACCGCCAGGGGCGGAGGACGGUAUUGACAAUGUCGGUUGCAAUGAACACACAGAUAAAAGUUUCUCCACACUUCUCUUUCAGAAUCAGAUAAAUGCUUUGCAAGUUGAAACCAAAAGUGGGGAGUGGAUUGAUGUCCAUAUCCCUCCCUCUGCCUUCGUCUUCAUGGCUGGUGAUGCUUAUGAGGCAUGGAGCAAUGGAAGAAUAUAUGCAGCAAGGCACCAAGUGUUGUUGAAAGAGGAUAAGCAAAGGUAUACAUUGGCGUUAUUCACAUUCAACAAAGGAAUAACAGAAAUACCUGAGGAAUUGGUGGAUGAAACACAUCCUUUACAAUACAAGCCUUUUGAUAAUUUUGGAUUAGCUUGGUACUACCUCUCUGGUGCUAACUCCAUGUCUCACAGCACUGCUAAAGCUUACUGUGGCAUUAAUGCUGGAUAGAUAGCUUCAAUUUCAUGUUUUUAUAACGAAGUUUUCAUAGUCUGGAAAUAGAAUUAAUAAGGAAAUACUCAAAAGACGAACUAUGUAACAAGUGUGUGGGACUUCAAUUAUAUAUGAAUCCAUCCGGUCAACUUCUCGACUUAAUUCAUUCAAAGUUCAAACCACUAAGCAUUUAAAUCUUUUUGAAGUAACUAGUUCCCUAAAGAUUAAAACUAAAUGUUCUCUAGAUCUCAUAACUCGGUCCCUGGCAGGUGACAAAGGAGAAGAAAAUAGUAAUUCACACCAGGUGUUUUGCACCAAACCAAAUUAAUUUAGCAUAGUUAAUAGAUAAGUUACAAAUAUUGACAAGGUAACCUAGUACGGCUGAGUUUUACAAACUUCUUCUAAAUACCAAACCAUUGAUUAGCUUGUAUAAGGAGGUUUCUACACCAAAUUGUCAUUGCUUACUUCACAUCUUGAUCAAAGGUCAACUCCAUGCUGCAUGAGGUCAAUCUGCACUAACAGAACUGUUCCCUGAUGUUGUCCAUCUCUUAGCUCUGAGAUGCCCGUCGGAAAUAAUAC